AUUAAGAUUAACGUGAGUGUAACAAACACACACCGGCAUCAAACGUGACCCCUCGGGGAUACUCUCUUACAACACACCGGCAGUGAUGACACCGGCUGGUAGAAGGUUCUGGAGGGAAGUUAUGACAUUUACUUGAAUUAUUACCUCCAGCAAACAUGAACAACCUGAUUAUCAGUAUACAACUGUCUCCAUACUAACGGCUAUGAACUCUUGCAGCCUUGUUUACACGUUGUCAUGGUUUUUAAUGUUUUAUUUUUAAAACUUUCUUCUAAAUAUAACAUUUUAUUGCAUCGUGCAUCUCAACCUGAUAUCAACCUGUGUUCAAAAUAGUCAACUCAAAGAGUCGGUGGGAUGGCGAAGAGGAUCGCUGAUAAAGAGCUAACGGACCGGAACUGGGAUCAGGAGGAGGAAGGAGAGGAGGCCGGGACGUUCUCAAUCGCCAGCGAGGAUGUGUUGAAGAACCGACCAAUCAAAAAGGCAAAGCGCAGAAACAUCGGAGGAGAGGGCGAGGCGAGUGGAACUUUCAAAGGUUUUAAAGGUUUCGCGUUGAGCACAGGGACACCGGCGGCGCCGAGCGUGACCUCGACUCCAACAGGGUUUUCUGGUUUCGGAGGAAACGGAGGAGGGUUUAAAGGACUCGUCGGUCUCACCAACGGGAACAGCCUCACGCCGCCGUUUGGUGGUUUCUCCUCUCCUAUUGCAUCCACAGCUUCACCUGGUCUGACGUUCAACGGCCCCGCCUCCACUGACAUCACCGCCAAGCAGACGAACGGCUCCGCCCCCAGCCCGGCUCAGAGCUCGGGCUUCUUCAGCAGCGGCAGCAGCAGCAGUGCGAGCAACAAGGAGUACAGCCGGCAGCUCACCGCGCUCAACUGCUCGGUGCGCGACUGGAUCACCAAACACGUCAACGACAACCCUCUGUGCGACCUCAACCCCAUCUUCAGGGAUUAUGAGCGCCACCUGGCCAGCAUCGAGCGCAAGUACGGAGCCAGCUCUGCUGACGGAGGAGCCGAGGAGAAGACGUCCACAGCCGCCUCCUCCUCUCCUCCUCCUCCUUCCUCCUCUACAUCCUUGUCUUCCUCCUCCUCCACGGCUCCGGCUCCCGCAGCAUCUUUGUUCUCCUUCAGUAAAACCUCCACAGAUGACUCAGUUCGGGGGAGAAGCAGCAGCAGCAGCGGCCCCGGCGUCACGUUUAACUUUGGUCAGAAGGUGGACAGCUCUGUGCUCGCCUCCUUAGCCACCAAAUCGACUCCCCCAAGCUUCUCCUUCUCCUCCAGCGCCUCCUCCAGCACCGCAUCCCUGUUCGGAGCUCCUGGGUCCGCUGCUCCACUGUCCUUCAGCGGGAACAAGACCAGCGAUGCUCAGCCGGCAGAUGAAAACGGAGACGAGGAGUCGGAGGAGCCGCCCAAAGUGGAGAUCAAGGAGGUGAAAGAGGACGACGCCUUCUACUCCAAGAAGUGUAAACUCUUCUACAAGAAGGACUCUGAGUUCAAAGAGAAAGGUGUAGGGACGCUGCACCUCAAAGAGACGGAGGACGGAAAGACUCAGAUGAUCAUCCGCGCAGACACAAAUCUGGGAAACAUCCUGCUGAACAUCAUCGUGCAGUCGUCCAUGCCGUGCUCUCGGGUCGGGAAGAACAACGUCAUGGUUGUGUGCGUCCCCAACCCGGUCGUGGACGACAAAAACCCCACCAGCCCCGUCCCCCUUCUCAUCCGGGUCAAGACUGCCGACGACGCCGACCAGCUGCACAAGACGCUGGAGGAGAAGAAAGGCUAAACCCCAUCUUCCCCCCCUCACACACACACACACACACACACACACACACACACACCUGAGCUUUUAGCAGACUCAUCCCCCCUCGGACUUAUCAUCACACCGGUUUUAUCCACACAUACAUAUGUGCACGCAUACACUUGUACUUAACUCACCUGGUUAAUCACAUUUCCCUCAGAUCCUCACACUAAAAUUGGUCGUCAUACUGUGAAACGUUUAUUUAGACUCUCAAAUCUAAAAGCAGGUCGUCAACGUCGUCGUCGCCGUCGUCGCUCUCCGACUCGGCUACAUUCCUCCCGGUUGGACGCUGCUGCUGCUGUUUUUAUUGGAGAAACAGAACGAUGUAUCUUAUAUCUCUCAGUGUUGAGUUUUACUGUUUUAAUUUGGUCGUCGGGUGACUGAAAGUGUGAACAAAGCAAAUUAUUAUUGUCGAUCUUAACCACUGAGUUUAUUUUGGGGACAACUCCAAAUAAAAAAAAAAAAAGGUCCAGUCGAUUUGGUUUUACAAAUUAAAUCCUUGCAGUAACAGUUAAUGUUUUUUAAGUGAACGUGUUGAGGAGUUAGCGUGUCUGCUGAGUGUUUCUGUUUUUUGUUUUUUUUCUUGUCGCUCUGGAAACUAUUUAUUGUGCGGGCAGGAUUUGUGCUCUCACCGAUCGAACCUCGUGUGAAUGUUUCCCCCCGAAGAGCUUCUGAAAAUCUGCGUGAAAGAGAAGAGUGAAACAGACCGGUUACCUUUUCUUUUUAUUUUCUGUAAACAUGGACUCUGUUGUUUUUCCAAGUGUCCUUUGUGUGGCCUUUGGUUCGGCCCUCGAGAUGAGGCAUGCUGUCAUCGUCUGAGAACAUUUGUAAAGACAUUUAUUGGGGAAUAAAAGGAAUCAAACCACAAA